GGUGGUCAUUUGCACAGCGUCAAGUCACUGUUCAAGAAGGGCCUCUAUACCGUACUGAAAAUUCUCACAUCACCAUUUGGUGCAAGGUCAGCGGUUAUCAAGGACCAUCAGAACAGAAUUUUCAGUGGUCCAUAUACCUUCCAUCUUCUCCAGAAAGGGAAGUACAGAUUGUCAGCACCAUGGACCCAUCCUUCCCUUAUGCAAUCUAUACUCAGCGUGUUAGGAGUGGAGAAAUCUAUGUGGAGAGAGUUGAAGGGGAUUAUGCUCUGCUGCACAUCAAACAACUCCAAGAUAGGGAUGCUGGCGAGUAUGAAUGUCAUACUCCAACAACUGAUGAAAGAUAUUUUGGGAGCUACGGUGCCAAGAUGCAGCUAAUUGUUAUUCCUGACUCCCUGCGAGUGACCUCAGAAACCCAGACUCUAAAGAAAGUGCAACAUGAUUCUCUGGAACUGAAGUGUGAGAUAACCAAGAAUACUGAACAGCAUAGCCACGUUUCCAUUGCCUGGUAUCGUCAGAAAGCAGAUGAGCCUCUUGCAGAAGUUAUUUCUCUCAGUAGGGAUUUUGUAUUGCAUGCAGGAAAUGAAUACACCCAACGCCACGCAAGUGGAGAUGUCCGUCUUGAUAAAGUGGGGGAAACUCAGUCUAAGCUUACUAUCUACAAUCUGCAGUCCUCUGAUGAGGGCGAGUUUUAUUGUGAGGCAGCCGAAUGGAUUCAGGACCCUGAUGGCACUUGGUAUGCUGUGACUCGCAAGCGGUCAGAGAGCACCAUGGUCUUUGUGGAAGGAACUGAUAUGGAUAUCAACGUUCGACUAGAAACAGAGAAGCGGUCAUAUACAGUGGGUGAACCUGUGGAGUUCAGAUGCAUUUUGGAAGUACAGAAUGUUGCAAAGAGAUAUUUUUCCAUCUCUUGGGCCUUCAAUAGUUCCCUUAUUGCUACUUUUGGUGCUAAUGCUGUACCAGUCCUUAACAAUGAGUUUGCCCAGAGAGAAGCCCUGGGGCAACUAAAAGUGGCCAAAGAGAGUGACAGCGUCUACAUUCUAAAAAUCUAUCGACUCCGCUUGGAGGACAGCGGCAAAUAUAACUGUCGAGUGACAGAGCGAUUGAAGACGACAACUGGUGAAUUUAUUGAUGGAGAAAGCAAACGGCCAAAGAACACGCCUAUUACAGUGCUGCCUCUUAAAACCAAUAUUUCAAUAGAAGUGUCCAACAAUGCCACAAACGUUCUAGAAGGGGAGAGCCUGAGAUUUGGUUGCACUGUUCGCGCUGGGUUUAGACCCCAAAACCGAUUAUCUGUCACUUGGCAACUUGUGGAUAAGCAGAACCGUCGCAGUGACAUUAUACAACUUGACCGGGAUGGAACCCUUCGUCCUGGUCCCUCUUAUGUCGAGCGCAGUAGCUAUGGGGGGAUCCAAAUGGAACAGAUACGGCCGGGAUCCUUCACGCUUGAAAUCUUUAACAGCAUCAAGGCAGAUGAGGGCCAUUAUGAGUGUCGUAUCACAGAAUGGACACGUAGGCUGGAUGGGGAGUGGCAGAUGAUUGGAGAACGGCAUAAUGGCUCAGCAGUAGCUAUCACUGCACUAGAUGCUGGCUUUGCAGUUACAGCCAUCUCCCGCACACCUGGAGUGACCUAUAAUGAAUCGUUUGACUUGCAAUGCAUUAUCAAGCCACACUAUCCUUCAUGGGUUCCAGUGUCUGUGACUUGGCGUUUUCAACCAGCUGGCAGCACUGAAUUUCAUGAUUUGGUCACUUUUACUCGUGAUGGAGGAGUUCAGUGGGGAGAUAGAUACGUUGGAUUCCGAACCCGAACAGCCAUUGAGAAAUCAGAGUCCAGCAACAAUGUACGCCUGAGCAUCAGCAGGGCCAGUGACACAGAAGCAGGCAAAUACCAGUGUGUGGCCGAGUUGUGGCGCAAGAACUACAAUAGCAGCUGGACACGAUUGGCAGAUAGAACCUCUAACCUGUUGGAGAUCAGGGUCUUGCGGCCUAUAACAAGGCUACAGGUCAACAAAUCAAAGCGGAGUAUAGUCCUUGUGGCAAAUAAGCCUAUCCCUCUGAAUUGCUCUGUCAAGUCUCAAACCAGCCCAGACUCUCAUUUUGCAGUCCUGUGGUACGUUCACAGACCCUCAGACACAGAUGGGAAGCUCAUCCUGAAGACUACUCACAGCUCUGUAUUUGAGUAUGGCACUUAUGCAGAGGAAGAAGGGCUAAAAGGAAGAUUGCAAUUUGAGAGGUCACUCUCCGGAGGUCUCUUCAGUCUGACAGUGCAGAGGGCCCAGGUCAGUGACAGUGGUAGCUACUACUGCCAUGUGGAAGAGUGGCUGCUCAACCCUAACCACGCUUGGUAUAAAUUGGCGGAGGAGGUUUCUGGCCGGACUGAAGUCACUGUCAAAUUACCAGAUAAUCUGUUGGAAGUGAACAAGAGCCAAAAGAACCUGACCAUUUUAGAAAAUGAAUGGAUAACAUUAGAGUGUCUUGUCACUAACCGGAGUAGUCAGGCUUCCCAGUUGUCUGUGGAAUGGUAUGUGUGGAAAUCUGGCCAUCCAGAGAAAGAGGCAGUUGUAAAGCUCACCAGGCAGGCCACUCUUUUAUAUGGAGAGCUAGCAACCCUAAAUGGUCUGAAGAGCAGACUGCACCUGGAAAGUCCCUUGCCAGGCCUGUAUCUGCUCACCAUCCAGAAUGUGACACUGCAGGACAGUGGGACCUAUGAUUGUCGAGUGGAGGAAUGGCUGCUGAAUCCCACGAAUACCUGGUACAAAAGGGCAGAAGAUCUGUCUGGGCUGACAACAGUGUUGGUGAAGAAGCCAGAUGCCUCACUGCAAGUGGAUGCAGCAAUAGCCAACCUCACAGUGCCAGAACAGGGCCAUUUCCAUUUGGAUUGCAACAUCUUGUCACCUACCAGCCAGGAUUCCCGUUUUGCUGUGACAUGGUUCAUCACGAAGAGUAAAGAUAGAAGUGGGCAAGCUGGUCACAAGAAUGGAGAAGAUAGAGAGGCCUUGUUAAGAGUAGGCCAGGAUUUCAUCUUCAGCCGAGAGGCCAGCCCCUGGGAAGGGAGACUACGUUUUCAGAGGCUUUCAGCCAUGUUCUAUCGGCUGACUGUAUUGCAGGCAGCUACUACUGAUGCUGGCAACUACUCAUGCCAUGUGGAAGAGUGGCUACCUGACCCCAAGGGAAUGUGGUACAAACUGACUGAGGAAGAUUCUGGUCUUAUAACUGUUUAUGUGCAAGAUACAGGUUCCUCUCUGCAAUCUGUUAUCUGCACCAAUGACUCCCUGUUCUACUUCGUCUUUUUUUACCCCUUUCCCAUCUUUGGCAUUCUCAUCAUCACCAUUCUUCUAGUGCGAUUCAAAAGCCGAAACUCCAGUAAGAAUUCUGAAGGAAAGAAUGGGGUCCCCUUGCUAUGGAUCAAAGAGCCGCAUCUAAAUUAUUCACCCACUUGUCUGGAGCCUCCUGUUCUCAGCAUUCAUCCAGGAACUAUAGAUUAAAUGGAAGAGCCCUAUGAGAGGUAAAGCUGUAUCUGAAACCCAAAGGAGGUGUAUUUUGUUGUCUUUUUAUUUAACAUCUGAACUUUUGAAUACCAGCUUACCUGUUAUACUGUUCUGUCACCUUUGGGGCUAGAGGAACUUGAACAUCCCAGAAUGCCUGUGAAGAACCAGCCAACUGCUAAGGGGGAUAGAAUGUCAUCUGUUCACUGUAUAUAGUGGAUUUUCAUACCGUUUUCCUUUUCAUCCAGUGUCAUCAUUUGUCCUCUGGGCUGUAAUUCUGUUGCUCAAAUACGUAUUCUUGUAUUAUGCAGAGGACAGACUUCAGAAUGUAUUGAUUUUGGUUGGGCUCUGGUUGUGCCAAAGUGGGCCACUUUAUUUUGAGUAAGCUUGUUUUAUCAAAUGAGCUUGUUUUAGCAGCUACAUGUCCUUGAUUUUGGAGUGGGCCAGAAAGACUGCAUAUUGCUUUUGAGAAAAUGAACCUAGGACCACUCCAUACCACAUAUUAAGCAGCAUUGUUUCUGCCAUAUUGGUCUCUGGAUGUUUCUUAUUCCUUGAGGACUAAAAAUGCAUACUGGGGGUAGGGGAAGGGCUUUGCUUUUACCUUCAAAAAGAAAUUCCAGUCCAUCAAAGAAAAAUCUUGACUGCCCUAAGUACAAUUACCUGUCUAAUUCUGAUGACCAGAAAGGCCCACAGUUGCCUUUGGUUUUAUUAUCCUCCACUAUCACACUUGGAGACUGCAGGGGAAAAAGAUAAAAUUCCUAAUCUUGACCAAAGUCAUGAUUUAUGAAACAUACGGAAAUAGCUGCCUCUUUAUGUGGCCUAGCACUGUAAUAACUGUGGAAUGUUGAAAUAGAACAGAGAAAGGGCUGACAAAGUGACCAACUUCUGUUUCUUACAAGUGUUGUGUCCAGUUGCACUGUCUGCACAAAGCUUACAUCAGGCAAGAAGGGGUAUGAAUGGUCUUCCUUCCCUCCAAUAUAUGUAUAUGCUUUGUUAUUUCAGCUUUAUUUCUUCAGGUACACUACUCUUCAUCUUCAUUCCACCAGCCUUGCAUAAGCCACAAUAAGUGAAAAUAUGCUGGGCUAAGAACUGCUGUUCUUUCUAUGAAAGGCACAUCAUUAAGAGACCUUGGUUCAGUUCAGGUGGAAUUCCUACUUCCCACCAGAGAAAGUCAACAGCUCUUUCAUGCGCUGUCCAGGAAAAUGCUUGUUAUACAUGAUGGACCAGAUCUCUUGUGCCCUGAUUCUAGCUACAGAGACAGGGAAACUUUUUUUAAAAGUGUGUGUUUACUGUCUUCCUAAAAGUCUUCCUGGCACAGCUUGUUGCUGAUUUUCAUAAAAUGGAUGAAUCUGUGUAAGGAUUCAUAGUGUCAGCGAUAUAUGCCAGCAUGUUCUGCUGUCUUGACACGAAGGUGGUGAUCAGUGGUAAGAGAAUAGCAAUAGAGCAGGUUUUCCUUCCUGAAGAGUGAAAACAUGGAGUUUUGCUAAUUUGCCCUUAUUAAAGCAAUUUGUGCGAAUAACAAAUUAAACUUAAUGAAUGGUGCUUUAACACUGAUGCAGAGGUUUUUCUUAUGUCAAGAGAAAGACAUGCCUGUUAUACUAGUACUAGAGCAGUCUUUCUCAACCUGGUGUCUUUGAGAUGGGUAGAGACUACAGUUUACAUAAUUCCCAGUCAGCAGGGCCGUUGGUUAUGCUGGCUAGAAAUAACAGAUAUGUAAUACAACACACAUAGAGGACGUUAGGUUGAGGCAGGUGCUCUAGGGGAAAAAAACCACUAUUGAUCUGAGGUUUUGAAAAGUCUCCCUUUUAUAAAAGAACUUUGUAGCAUCCUAAUAAAGCACCCAGAAAGUUCCCGGAACCAAAUCUGCCUCUGCAAAACAUUAAUCCUAUAUAAUGUGCAAUUUGAAAACACAUAUACUUUUAGUCUGUCUGCCUACACUGUCUAUUCAGAAGUGGGGGAAUUUAAAAAGAAAAAGAAAAUGAGACCCUCCCCCCCAAAAAAGGUCCUAGUUUCUCUCUUCAGUUCUAUACAUGUAAAAUGUCUUGUACAUAUACUGCAGGGGGGCAGGAGCUGUGAUUGAGUUCAGGUCUUAAAAAGGAAAGGAGGCAGUGGGACAAUCCCCUGCCCCAAACAACAUUGCUCCUUAUCUUUGCAUUGGAAAUGUGUUGAACUGACCUAGUAGCAUCAAUGCUUCCCUACAUUACCAGCAAUCCUUCCCUUUGUCUCUGCACUCCUGCUUAUGGAAAGCUAUCCCACAGCGACAUCCAGCGGCUAGCUCUCCAAUCUGUGGACUAUGGACUCCUGGGAAAGUAUGUGGAUGUCAUUAAAGCCACUAGAUAGUGGGAAAAUUGUCCCACACGCAGCACCAAGGAUCACGUGCAAAUGACUUGUCUGUUGUGCUGCCAAGCUUAUUACCAAUUCAGGAUGGGCUUUCUUUUUAAAACACAGGCACUGCCUGCAAAAAGCUUACACAAAGCUUUUUGGACCACUCUUUCUCUACCCAGAGAAAAAGGAACAAGCUACCUUUGCAUGAUGUGAGGAAACAAUGUGUUUUUUAUUAUUAUUAAAGAGAACUUUGUACCAUGUUGCACUAAAUGUUUUAUACAACACACAUGCAAGCUGUAGUAAACUGUGUUAAAAUGGUGAUUUAAUGUCCUGUAUUAAUGGUUUUGAACUGUUAACAAAACUUCUUUUUAUUGAUACAACCCGGCUAUCAAAGUGUUGCUCAUGUCAAGUUGGAUGUUCAACUGCAGCAAGCCACAAGGUUCUUGCUCUAGCCAUGGCUUGGCAUCACUGCCAUGUGCACAGCAACACAACUAUUGGACAAGUGCCUAAGAUGAGUCACCUGUACAGAAGAAUGGAUUUCACUGGUCUAUUCCCCUUUCGCUGUGAAAGCUAAGACUAUGAACAUACAACUUCACUGGGGCUUAGAAAUAGUGGCAGAUAGAAGAUCUGCUUUUCCUUAAUCAUUCAACAAUGCUGGGGAAGGAAGGGGAAACUAAGCUGAUAUUCCAGUAUCUUAUUAGCGGUAUGCAAAAUAUCUCUCUGCUUAGCAAUUGUUUUAUCUUCCCCCCCCCCCUUCCUCGAGGGAUUAUCUUUAAAA